CGGGAGGGACGGGGCGCGCAGCCCGGGGUGAAGGGACGGAGAGCAUCACCAGAAUGGGCGCAAUCUGCGGACAAAUAAACUAACAAACAUUAGCAUAUGUAAAUGUUGAGCCAGAGGCGCCUCCUCCCUGCUGCAGCUCCGUGUCCGGGGGGUUCGCUGUGAUAAAGCAGCGUGGGGAGUCCGUGGAGCCAGUCGGCUGUGAUCGUGGGGCAGCAGUGGCAGGACGGAAUCCACCGAAGGUGUUUUUACCUGGAGCAAAGUGCGAAGUCCUCAAUCUGAGGACAGAUAUGAGCUGUGAAGAGCUUUAAUCUAACUUAUGUGCGCCUUUUACAAAAAAAAGUCUCUAAGAUAUUAAUUUAAAGUCAGCAUCAAAGAUGUCUUGCCUUUUAUUAGGAGUCAUUCGAAGGCAGGGUGGAGUUGGGGCCGGUGUCGGGGUCCGCUCUCUGGCCUCCAUCCCUUCCCUACCACCGGCAGUGGCUGAUUUUGUGAAAGGAGCGGUAGACGAGUGCAAGCCCGCAAAUGUCCAAGUAGUGACUGGUACUCCUGAGGAGACGGCCAACAUCCUGGCCGGCCUGGAAAGGGACGGCAUGGUCAAGAAGCUUCCUAAAUAUGAGAACUGUUGGCUGGCCCGCACAGACCCAAAGGACGUGGCCCGAGUAGAGAGUAAGACCGUGAUUGUAACCAAGAACCAGAGGGACACCAUCCCCAUCCCCGCUGGAGGGGUGAAGAGCCAAUUGGGAAGCUGGAUGAGUGAACCAGACUGGCACAAAGCCAGAGAAGACCGUUUUCCUGGCUGUAUGGCAGGUCGGACCAUGUACGUGAUUCCCUUCAGCAUGGGACCUGUGGGCUCAACGCUAAGCAAAUAUGGCGUCCAGGUGACAGACUCUCCAUAUGUGGUGGCCAGCAUGGGGAUCAUGACCCGUAUGGGCAGUCCUGUUCUGCAGAAACUGUCUGAAGGAGCGGAGUUUGUCCGCUGCCAGCACUCGUUAGGACGACCUCUCCCACUCAAAGCUCCUCUAGUCAACUCUUGGCCUUGCAACCCGGAGAAAGUCCUAAUAUCCCACCUACCGGACACCAGGCAGAUCUUGUCCUUCGGCAGUGGUUAUGGAGGAAACUCUCUGCUUGGGAAGAAGUGCUUUGCUCUCCGCAUCGCCUCCCGCAUCGCCAAGGAUGAGGGCUGGCUGGCUGAGCACAUGUUGAUCCUUGGGAUCACAAACCCUCAGGGUGUGAAGCGUUACGUGGCGGCGGCCUUCCCCAGCGCCUGUGGUAAAACCAACCUGGCCAUGAUGAAGCCUGCCCUCCCAGGCUGGAAGGUGGAGUGCGUGGGAGACGACAUUGCAUGGAUGAAGUUUGACAGUCAAGGCAAACUCAGGGCCAUCAACCCAGAGAACGGGUUCUUUGGAGUCGCUCCAGGCACUUCGGACAAGACCAACCCUUACGCCAUGGCUACCAUCUCCAAAAACACGGUGUUCACCAACGUCGGCGAGACGAGCGACGGCGGAGUGUGGUGGGAGGGGCUCGACCCCCCUCCGGCUGGAGUUACUCUGACUGAUUGGCAUGGAAAAACAUGGAAGCCAGGAAGCUCCACACCAUGUGCCCACCCCAACUCACGCUUCUGCACCCCAGCAGCUCAGUGCCCCAUCAUUGACCCCCAGUGGGAGAGUGAGGAAGGGGUUCCCAUUGAUGCCAUCAUCUUUGGAGGCAGAAGGCCUGAAGGAGUCCCGCUGGUCUAUGAGUCUUUCAGCUGGCAGCAUGGAGUGUUUGUUGGAGCUGCAAUGAGGUCAGAGGCCACAGCAGCUGCAGAACAUAAAGGUAAAGUCAUCAUGCAUGACCCCUUCGCCAUGCGUCCGUUCUUUGGCUACAACUUUGGAGACUACCUCGCUCACUGGCUGAGCAUGCAGACCAGGAAGGCCCCCACUCACCUGCCUAAGAUCUUCCACGUCAACUGGUUCAGGAAGGACCCGGCAACCGGAGCCUUCCUCUGGCCCGGGUUUGGAGAAAACGCCCGCGUGUUGGAGUGGAUCUUCAAGCGCUGCGGCAGAGAGCGGGAAGACGAGGCGGCCAGAAAGAGCUACGUCGGUUGGCUGCCAGAAACCGGCGCCAUCGACACUAAAGGUUUGGGCAGUAAGGUGGAUAUGGGCGCCCUGUUCGAUGUGCCCAAACCUUUCUGGCAGAAGGAGACCAAGGAGCUGAGAGCGUACUUCACCCAGCAGGUGGGAGCUGACCUGCCUGCUCAGGUGGAAGCUGAGCUAAAGGCGCUAGAGGACAGAGUCCACAGUUAGACACGUUUAAAACCAGGGAUAGGAAGCUAAUCUGGAAGAAGGGAGGCACUCAGGGAAGACAGGUUAUCAGGGUCAGUUAGAGCCACUGACUGGGUUUACAUAUGCAGAGAAGUCUGACACAUCUAAACAAAACUUGUUUUUCUGUGCUACUUGACCACAAACAGGUAAAAAUUAGAAGAUCAAACUUCCUCUGUCCGUUUGAACACAGUCAGUGAGCCCUGCUGUCCCCAAAAACACAAUAGCUACAUUUUAGACACUACAAAUGCUGCAACAAUAAAGCAACCGGUGCCCAGUUAGCACCAACAUUGAAUUAUAAUACUCAGGCUGAAGGUUAAUUUCUGAGAGGGACCCAAACAUCUCUACCUCCAUCCACACACACCUGCCAGCAUGUCGCCGGCGUCCAAUCAGGGACCUUGAAGUGCCUUGUAGAGUUUACAGGCUUUAGACCAAAUAGCUUUUUAAGUAAUAAUUUUUACACCUUUAAAACAUUAACACACAUUUUAAGACACACUUAGUGUCUUAAAAUGUUUUUUAUUACUGAAUUAAGCUCAUCUUGAUUAACUCGUUCCCUACAAUGAUAUUUUAAGAACCCAGGAUCUUUAAAUAUAUAUUUCACUCGGCCGCUUGUGUAAUGAUUGUGAUUAAAUAGGAAUUCAGCUGAUGUUUACACUCAGUUUGUUAAAUGUUGGACCAAUAAACGCCUCAGAGAUUAUCAGGCGUUUUUUUUUUAAAGUUUAUAUGACAGUGCAAUGAAAGACAAAAUCUUCAUAUGUGACUUGUUCAUUUUUACAGUGACUUGAAAAAUAAAUGGUGCCUUGUGAAAGUUU